AUGAGCCGACAGGUCGCACGAGCCCUGCUGGGCAGAGCAGAGCCUCUCCUGCAGCGCCACGUGGCGUGCAGCGGAGGAGGCAGCAGCCACGCAGUAACUAGUUACAUCGGUAACGGUCACCGCCAUGCGUGCGGCCGCGUCAAAUCCCCAGUGCUGCCCGUCAAUGUCAACCCAAUGCUGUCGCCUUCGUACGGCGCUCGGCGCUUCUCCUCCUCCGCCUCCGCCGAAUCCGCUCCGAAGCACAAGCCCGAUGUGCUGCGCAUUCUCGUCGCGUGCGCGCUCGGAUCGGGUGCCGCCGCGGGUGUUGCGGUAUCCAUCAUGGAUCCCAAGACCUUCAGCGCGCUCUCCUUCGCGGCAACGGACUACAUGACGCCGUUCAUCCGCCUGCUCGACCCGGAGACGUCCCACCAGCUGGCCGUGCUGUCGGGCGAGUGGGGCCUCACUCCACGCGACUUCCGCCCCGACCCGCCCUCCCUCGCCACCACGGUGUGGGGGCGGCGCUUCAGCAACCCCGUGGGCAUGGCGGCGGGGUUUGACAAGGAUGCGCGCUGUGUGGAUUCCAUGUUCGCCCUCGGGCUGGGAUUCACGGAGAUCGGCAGCGUGACUCCACUGCCGCAGCCUGGAAACCCCAAGCCAAGAUGCUUCCGCCUCACAGAGCAGAAAGCUGUGAUAAACCGGUAUGGCUUCAACAGCGCAGGAAUCGCUGACGUGGCGGAUAGGCUCGGCGCGUGGCAGGCUCGGCGGCAGCAGCAGGCAGCGCAGGAUCAGAAACGGGCAGCAGCGGACGGGCAGGCACCAAAAAAAGAGAACGUGGUGGCAGAGAGAGUGCGGGACGGAGUGCUGGCGGUGAACCUGGGGAAGAACAAGACGAGUGAGGAUGCGGCAGGGGACUAUGUGCAGGGCGUGCAUGCUCUGGGUCAGUUUGCAGACGUGCUGGUGGUUAAUGUGUCUUCCCCCAACACGCCCGGGCUGAGGAAGCUGCAGGGAAGGACCCAGCUGCAAGAACUGCUGCAGCGGGUGCAAGCAGCACGAAACGAGAUGGAGUGGGACAAGGAGGGUCCUCCCCCUCUUCUGCUCAAGAUAGCCCCUGACCUCACCACCGAAGACAUGUCCGAUAUUGCUGCUGUCGCCCUUUCUCUCAAGAUUGACGGACUGGUGGUGAGCAACACGACCAUCUCGCGGCCUGACAGCAUUCUGGGCCUGGUGAAUGCGGACGAGGUGGGGGGGCUCAGCGGCAAGCCCCUCUUUGAGCUCUCCACUGCUGUGCUGCGCCAGAUGUACUCGCUCACUAAGCUUACUCUACCCCACCUCUCUCUUGUCCUCUUCUCCCUCCCCUCCUCCUUCCUCUCCUCCUUCUCCUCCCUCUCCUCCCUCUCCUCCCUCAGGGACAAAUUCCCAUCAUCGGCUGUGGUGGCAUCUACAGAACUUCGCCUCUCUCUAUCCCCUGAAUAA